AGACUAAUUGUCAUUAACAGGUAUUUUAACUGGAAAAGUCGUCGCAUAGUAUGGGUUGAAUUAUCCACCAUAUGUAUACAACAUAUUAUUUAGUAUGAGGCUAUAGAACAUGAUCAGCUGACCAUGUAAACAAACAACUGUUUAAACUUUGUACAACGGAUGCUUGAACUCAGGGGACACAAGCGAGGAUUUCAUCAUGUGUAUAAAUAACUGACCCCGGCAGACAUGGGGCUCUGCUUCAGCCUUGACCAAGAAGAAGAGAAGGCACGUGCCAGGAGCGUCGCCAUUGACCAAAAGUUGAGGAAGUGGGCCAAGGAAGAUGAAAACGUCAUCAACAUACUUCUGCUGGGUGCGGCGGAGGGAGGAAAGAGUACGCUGGUCAAACAGAUGAAGAUCAUACACCAUGAUGGUUUCUCUUAUGAGGAGCUCAUGUCAUUCAGGCCUGCUGUACUGGAGAACCUGGUCAGCUCAAUGAAGUUUGUGCUCAGUGGGAUGGGGCUAUUGAGGAUCAACUUAGAGAAGGCCAACAACAAGGCCCACGUCCACACCAUCCUGUCGAGUCAGUGCUGCUAUGACGAGGAGAGCCUGAUGCUCGUCCACAUCUACGAGUCCCUGAGGAAUCUGUGGCGGGACCGUGGGGUCAAGGCCGCCGUGGCUCGAGGCUACGAGUACGAGCUCAACGACUCGGCCAUCUACUACUUUGAAAACAUGGAGAGGAUUUGUUCUUUGAAGUAUGUGCCGACGCCCACCGAUGUUUUGAGGGCGAGGGUUCGAACCACAGGUGUCAUCGAGACCUGGUUUAAGGUGGAGAGUAUUAUGAUCAGAAUGUAUGACGUUGGGGGUCAGAGGUCAGAAAGAAGGAAAUGGAUCCAGUGUUUUGAUCACGUGAAGUGUGUUCUGUUUGUGGUGGCCAUCAGCGCUUAUGAUAUGUGUCUUAUAGAGGACCCUGCUGUGAACCGCCUGGAAGAAAGUUUGAAACUUUUUAGCCAAAUCUGCAACAACAGAUUCUUUGUGCGCAGUACCAUGAUUUUGUUUCUUAACAAGCUAGACCUGUUUCAGGACAAAAUAAAAUACUCAAAAAGACAUCUGCGAUACUUUUUUCCUGAUUUUUCAGGGCCAGAUAAAGAUGUCGACGCAGCAGCCCGCUACAUCCAGCAUCUGUUCUUGAUGCAAGUCUCAAGUCCCUCCAAAGUUGUCUACCCUCACUUCACCACCGCUACUGAUACAACCAACAUACAAGUCGUCUUCCAGGUGCUCAUGGACUCCAUACUAAGGGACAACUUAAAGGGCACGUCACUCUUGUAGCAGUCAGUGGUCUCAAAGGGCACGUCACUCUUGUAGCAGUUGUCUCAAAGGGCACGUCACUCUUGUAGCAGUCAGUGGUCUCAAAGGGCAUGUCACUCUUGUAGCAGUCAGUGGUCUCAAAGGGCACGUCACUCUU